UCGGAGUAACUUAAAUUCUCGGUUAACGCCAGGCGUGGAUCGAGCGGCGAUACGCGGCGCUGUAGGGCAGAAUUUCAAACUCGCGCUUCCCGAAUCAAUAGCGCUCGAUGAGGAGCCGAGAAUCCCGGACGCCGUCCGUCUCGGCCACCUUUUGCCUCCAUGCAGUUGCAUCCUGAGUGCGCAUCGUGAGAUUCAUACUCAUGUUAUGUCCCUGCGUAACGUCUCGUCGCUCGAAUUUCUCGCCUCGCGAUAUCACGUUUCUCGUUUACGUUUAUAGAAGUGGCCGGAAGCUCGUGCAGCUCCUGCCGAUUCAUUGUUGUGGAGAAAAAAUCGUGAACUGCAAAGAUAGUCGGAAGUGAAAAUCGUCGAUCUGUGGUUCGUUCAAAGUGCAUUUGAUACUUAAUUACGCCGAUCUCCGUUCCCAUGGAUUUUUUUGGAAUUAUUAACUUCGCUGCAGGACUAUCAUUUCGGCUGCCCGCAACGAUGUUCGCCACGAAACGAUAUGUCGGGGGGCCCAGGGGCUCAGGGGCUUCCUAGACGGGGGGUCAAAUCGUCCUCUGCAACGAGGGGAACCACACCGUCAGCCAAUUCUCGACCUCCAUUAAAACCGAGCACGAGACCUCCGCCGAGGACUGCGGCAGCAGGAUUACCAUCUGGCACUCGAAAAGAGCCACUCUUUCCACUUUUUGCCUCCAGAAAACCCCUGAACAAAAACGUUAUCGGCCACAACAAUAACAACAAUAAUAACAAUAACAAAAACAACAACGUUACUCGUUCAAGAAGCAAAGAUAGAGGCCAGCAGACGCACCAGGCGAAUCAUCCUGGAGCCGGGCCCGGGGGCCAGGGCCAGGGCCAGGGCCCUCUGAGACAGGCCUCGAGCGCCUCCUCCUUGGAGGGAAAGCCGGCUGCCGUCUCGAGGGCCUCCAAGGGCGGCCCGGGGGGAGGAAACAAGGCCGCGAAGAUGCAGGAGCUCGAGAGAGAGGUCGAGGCCCUCCAGAGGGACCGGGCUACUCUGGAGGCCAGCCUCCAGGAGGCAGCGAACGCCGCGCACCAGCUCCAUCAGCUACGCUCGGAGCUGACGUCCAUCAAGGAACAACACAGCGCCGAAUUGGAAAGAUUAGCAGAAGAGAAUUCCACACUUCGCGCACGUCUUAGAGACGUGGCACAUUCUCCGUUGUCUGAUACUGAAAAGCAGCAAAUUCUGUUGGAUGCUUCCAGGCUUCAUAAUUCGGCACCGGCGUCUAUUGCGAUCACUCAUGAUGAUGGCUCUCCAGCUGGUAACACAGAAAACACAUGCUCCACACCUGAUUGGGACAAACACAGUUCCAGUUCCAUGUCUGAAGUAUCAGUCGCUUGCCUGCAGGACAAACUAUUGCAGAUGGAAGAGACCCAUUAUAGUACAAACGAAGAAUUACAGGCUACUAUCCAAGAACUUAGCGAUUUACAGGCACAGUUGUCGGAGCUUCAAACUGACAAUGAAAGGCUAACUGAAGAAAAAGGUGUCUUGCUAGAAUCGCUUUGCAGACAAACAGAGAAAUUAGAAGAUUCCCGAUCAAAAGUAGAUACAUUGCAAGAACUUUUAUUGCGAGAAGAACAGCCAGAAGAAACACCUCAUGGGUACAAUACAGAGCGAGAACAGAAGCUCGUUGAUCUUCUAAAGAGUGCCCAAGAAGAACGAGAAUCUCUUCUUCAGAAACAAGAGGAACUGACCUCAGAAUUGAAAAGUCUUCGAUCCACAGCUGAAGCAUCUGCAACAGAAGCAGAACGGCUUACCAAACGUGUUCACCUUUUGGAGUCUACUGUUGAUGCAACUAAUGCAGAACGCAAACAACUAGAUGCAGAACUUGUUGAAGCACGCCAAGAAGGUUCCAGUCGUACCAUUGAAAUAAGCAGAUUGGCUACUUUACUAGAAAAUGCUAGAGCCAAAAUUGAAGAACUGGAACAAACAAGACAGCUUGAAAGUAAGAGUGAAGCAGAUGAGUUACUAGAUGCUGCACGGAGAGAAAAAGACACGCUUGAAACACAGGCUGCAGCUUUGCAGGAACAGUUGGCCAGGUCGCACUGUGACCACGACAGAUUGAAAGAUCAAUACUCUCAACUACAAGAAGAGUGCAAGGUCACUCGUAACAAUGCCAAAUCAGCAAUUAGCGACUUAGAAUAUCAGCUUUCCCAGUUGCAAGAAGAAAAAAAUUCAUUGAGCACAGAAUUACAAUUGGUCAGGGAUACAUUGGCUGAAUUGCAAGCUCAGUGCCAGCGGCACUUAGAAGACAAACGUGAACUGAAAGCAGCAUUGAGCGAAGCUCAAAGGCGAGCAAACGAUGCUGAGUCGAAGAAAGCUGAUUUAGAAUCUGCAUUGGAAGAUGAGAAACGACUGAGGCAAGAGGAAAGUACAGAGUGGGAACAAUUCCAGACUGACCUUUUAAUGACUGUCCGUGUUGCAAAUGAUUUUAAAACUGAGGCUCAAAGUGAACUUGAGAGGGUUGUUAUGGAGAACAAAACCCAAAGGGAUAAGCUGAGGGCCCUUGAAGCUCAGCUUGACAAACUAAAUAAGGGGGCUUCCACCGAUCCUAGUAAGAGACCAUCACCUGAUCAAUUAGACAGCAAGACAUUGAGCACCCUAGUUUCCGUCGCUGAAAGAAGUACUGUUAAUACUUUAUUGAAACGUGGUCGUACAUUACCAAAACAUCGUCCGGAACCAAGGAAAGCAACUUCCGAAUCAAACAUCAGUAAUUUUUCGAUGCUUGAUACAGGACUUAAAUCAUACAGCCCUAACAGAAAAACUUAUCCAGAUUUAUCUGCAUCAAAGGUUGAUGGGGGAGAACACUUUUUUGAUUGGGAAUUCGUGUAUCCACCGUCAGAGAAAGCAAAUACUUUGGGCAAGUUGUAUAAGACAGAGGAUGACGAACUGAAUGAGUUGAAGCAAGAAUUGUUGAAAGAGCCGAUUUAUAUAAAUAGUAUAUCAAAGUCUGGCAGUGACUUGGACACUUCUCCUUUUGCAGCUAUACCUCCGUUUGAUGCUGAGUAUCCAAAGUUGUACAAACCAAUGACACCGUCGUGGAAAAGUAACAAACUAAAUGAAAAUCCCAUCCUCAAAGAUAUAACGGCAAUUCAAAACACCAAAGGAGACUCCUAUGAAAUUAAUAUUUCCAAUAGUCAGUUUUAUGUGCCAAAAAAUUAUGUUUUUUCUGAUGCAGAAUAUGCUAUGGACGAUUUGAGAUUUGAAGUAGAUCCAGAAAUGACAAACGUCUUGAAAAAAAGUAAGAACGAAUUAGCCGAGACUCAGAUCAUAGCUGAUGAGCCUGACAGUACAAAAGACCUAUCGAAGCCAGGUAUUUCUCCAGUAGAUGUAAAUCACUGUGAAUCCUUUCAAACUGAUUUUUUCAAGAAGCAGAGUCUGGAAAAACAUGAUGAUACACCAAUCGAACUGCAAGAUCCAAGUAAAAUAACAACAGGACAUAUCAAAAUGCAAAACGUCAGUAGAGUUGAGAACCUGAUUCUUCAAACUUCAAUAGAAAACGAACCAAAUAAUAAUGCAAAUCACGAAAAACUUGAAACCAACAGCAGUCCUGAGCCAAAAGUACAAACUAAUUUGUCAAACGCGAAACCGUUUCCCAGAAUUGAUCAGGAUCUUUCAAGACCUUUGAACAAUUUAAAAAUGGACGAUUAUGAACCACAAGUUCAAGCAAAACUGAAUUUAUCGCGAGAUAUUUAUCGCACUCCGCCAGAUAAAAAUCAAAAUGCACAUAAUCGAAAAAAGAAAGAUUUUCUUGCGGGAACAAAAAAGAUUGAACCAGUGAGUGAAAUGAUCGAUUCUUUGAUUGACGAUCUCACAUAUAGAUCUAUUCCGAGAAAUUUCAAGCGCGGAUUGAAUGGAAAGAAAUACUCUGCAUCUACAGAAGAACUCAGUAAAGUUGAAUCUAGUAAAGAUGAUUAUCAACAUUUGAGCAAAUUUUAUAGUGGGAUUAAGAACACCUCUGAACUUGGUGUUCAACACGAAAAAGGUUCUGUUGCAGCAGCAGAAAGUUCACAAAAAUGCAAACUAAAUUUCGUUGCAACAAAUGCAGCAAAGGUUGCAGUUCCUAGUAUUAUAUCUGGUGGUUCAGAAGAUUUAGAGAGUCCUGUAUACGAUAAUAUAGAAGUUUUAAAAACGACAGCUGUCAAAAACAUGUCAAUAGAAAAUCCAAACCCCGAUCUAAUAUUUGCACCAAGGAUUUAUACACCAAAGAAUGAUUAUAAGAUACCACGGAAAGAUCCGUUGCCAUCACCACGUAAAAAUAUUUCGAAUACGACAGAUACUGUAACUCUUCGUGGAAAGUUGGAAACUGAUAUACAAAAUCGACCACGGUCUUUAAUCAGUUUGCCAACCAUGCGUAGUGAUAAAUACAACUCGCCAAGGCACAGCAGUUUAGGCCUACAUCCCGUUCUGGAAGCUGACGAAAGCGUAGAAUCUUCAUCAAAAAGCAAUAUCUUACCAAAUGUUAUUCCAAAGAGAAACAAAAAUUCUCAUCAAGACGACAUUGUUCUGCGCUCACGUCAACGGCGUAUUCAAUCACUAAGUGAUGCACGAAAAGUGACGAAUGUCAUCGAUAAACCAUUAAAAGUUGUAAUAAAAGAAUCGCCUCUUUCUUCUGUUGAAAGGUCCAAUAAGUAUCCAAACAAAGGAUCAAGCUCUGGUUCACCGAUUAAAAAUAAGUUUUUUCAAACCAGUGCUAAAGUUGUAAAUACCAAAGAUACAUUGGUAAAUACAAGGCUUUAUGAUCUUCCAAGAGGAGUUUAUGGAAGAACAUUUACACGGCCAAAAUCUGUUCCAAGAGUUCAGAAGAAAUUUGAAGAAUUGACGAAACAAAGUGAAAUUACUCUUGUUAAAGCCAAAAUUAUUGAUCCUGACAGUAGGUCUCCAUCACCUGUACUUCAAACAGAGCCAAAAAGCAUCGACGAAAUAUCUAAAAAUAUUGUUGUAGAAAGUGAACUUCACAACCAAAAAAUAAUUACCUUAGAACCUAACCCAGCUGUUAUUCCGAAGGAAACUGACCAAGACUCAAUAACUGGUGUAGAAAUUGUACCAAAACUGCCAGAAACACCUCCCCCAUCAAAACCGGUGGAUGCUGCGAAAACUUUUCUCUCCCAGGAUAGCUACGCCUGUAACACUCCUGCUUCAACGUCUCUAGAAGAUAUUGAAUCAGAUGCAAAGUUGGAAAGAUCCGCAACAACAACAAUGAAAGAUAAAUAUGAAGCUGUUGUCGAGGAGCCAGAAGUAGAAAUUAGAAGUAAACGUAGCCCACCAGUGGUGCAUAUUCGUCCAUGGACGUCAACCAUUACAUUUAACACCAAUCAAAAAGCGAUGCCACCACCACCGAGACCAGCUACAACCCCUACAGAGACACAGCAAAGUGUGCUAACCAGUGUUACACAAGAAAUGGCUGCCCGUCGUAAAGCUAAUAUUUCACGACAGGAUUCAAGACUCAGUGUAAAAUGUCUGAUUGAGAGUAUUGAGAAUGCUACCAAACAGGCAAAAGCUGCUGGACUUGCAGACAAUAGCGGUCCUGGAAGUCGCAGUAGCUCCACGUCCUCUCUAAAUUCAAUAGGAACAAAUGAUGUGAUAUCGAUGAAAACGCCACUCCGUGAUCAACAACAAACAAACAAUCUAAUCUGUCCGGCAAAUCAGACAAAUAACAACAACAAGAAUCAACCAACGAAUACUAGAAAAGUCCUUUCAGAAACGAAAUCCGUACCUGUUGUACUGAGUCCUGGAGAACUACUAGAUUCAGCUGCACUAAAUGCUAAAGCAAUUGAUUUCGUUAGACGCAACAGUGUCACAGACCUAAGCGAGCGUAAAGACCCAUUGUGUGGACUUGUAAAAAAUGGUGGCUCCAAGAGAAAUGCACUUUUGAAGUGGUGCCAGAACAAAACAGUUGGCUACCGCAACAUCGAUAUUACAAACUUUAGCAGCUCAUGGAACGAUGGACUAGCCCUUUGUGCCGUCCUGCAUUCAUACCUACCAGACAGAGUUCCUUAUGACUCACUUUCUCCAAAUGAGAAGAGGCGAAAUUUUUCUAUUGCUUUUUCUGCAGCUGAAAGCGUUGGAAUACCAACAACUCUGAACAUAGGAGACAUGUGUCAACUGGAGCGACCGGAUUGGCAACAGGUGAUGUCGUACGUGACCAGUAUCUACAAACAUUUUGAAACGUGAAAAGUGCACCAGAAAAUUGAAGUAAAAGUAAAUACCCAGUUUAUCUCAAGCAAUGCAUAUUUAGCUGCAUGUGCAGCAUAUACAACCUUUGUUCAGUCAACACAUGCAAAGCAAAGGUUUGGGAAAAAAUGAUAUGACCAAUAGCAACACAAGGCAGUGACUACCGGCAGGCUACAUGCAAGCAUCUAGUCAACCAAACCUGAGAGUGUGAAUCAUAGAAAAGAGCGUUGUGGAGUUAAAUCAUCUUCAGAUAGUUCCUUUGUUAAGAUAGUACGUCAGAUAGUUCAUUUGAUGAUAUUUAUCAAAUUAUAAACUUGAUGAAUUUUAACUGAAAAUAUUCCACAUUUAUGUCAAUGUAUGUUUCACAUUUUAGCAUUGUGAUUUUUCUAACGAAGAGCAUGUUCCAAAGUACAGAACUCUCGAUAGCUUUUUUAAGUCUAUCUAAUUGAAUUUUUUUAUUUUGAGUUUCGACUAUGCAAUCUAGAGGUUGGCAUUUAAGGCUGGCGCUCUUUUCUUACGCUCCUAGGUAAAACUACCUGUCGUUCUGGUAAAAAUGCCUUUAAUUUUUGUAAUUAUUCAUUAUGUGUAUAUAGACAUAAACUAGGUUUCACCUGUGUGAUACUUUCUCUAAGUAUAUGGGGUUCAGUUAAAUAUUCUGUCAACCCUUUAAUUUCAAAAGUAAGAGAAAUAUAAUCAAGCACAUGUUACGAUAGAGCGUCGUCACGUUUUUAAUUCCACGAUCUUUAUACAAUAUAUAGAUACAUAUAAUUUAUGAGUUAUAUAUGCUUCUUUUUAAAUAUUUAUAUUUCAGAAUGUAAAUUAGUAACAUUUGUCAUAGUACGAUCCCACAUCCUUUUUCGAUUAUGACCAACUGGAUUAAAGAUUUUACAAUCUUGAUCAUGAUAAAUGCAUUACGAAUAUAUUGGUAGAAUAAAAACAUUACCUAUUCAUGAAGGAAUUGAACUAUCCAACCUGUUUGCAAAAUGGACUUAAAAUGAGCAGUGAUUACCUAGGGUACUCAUAUUUUCUUCAUACAAGUAAAUCACUAAAACUGAAUUGUCUAUAAUCUGUCGCCGGAAUACUUGCGUUAUCCUAUCCUAUCGAACAGUUCGUGUAUUUCUUGGAUUUUGAUUUGAGCUGAUCUGAAUGAUACUAUCGAAAUAAUGUAUUGCACUAGGAGGACGAUUAUUAAAGAAAAGCAAACAUAAUUUAAGGGAGCCCUUUCCCACCAAAGGGAUUGCUUUUACAUGAGACUGAGAACAUAACGAUAUAAAUAAACUAAAUAACAUAAUUUUAUUAUAAUAGAUCCUCAUACUGACAAUUACUAUGAUUGUUACGUGUAAA